CGGUCGCUGGGGGCUCUGCACCUCCGCCUCUCCUCCCGACGCCCCGCGGGGGCUCCGGGCCCGGUGGGACCAUGUUCACCAGCACCGGCUCCAGCGGGCUCUACAAGGCGCCCCUGUCGAAGAGUCUCUUGCUGGUCCCCAGUGCCCUGUCCCUGCUGCUGACUCUCUUGCUGCCUCACUGUCAGAAGCUUUUCGCAUAUGACCUCCACGCUGUCAAGAACGACCUCCAGAUUUGGAGGCUGGUCUGCGGAAGGAUAAUUUGCCUUGACUUGAAAGAUACUUUUUGCAGUAGUCUUCUUAUUUAUAACUUCAGAAUAUUUGAAAGAAGAUACGGGAGCAGGAAGUUUGCAUCCUUCUUGCUGGGCUCCUGGGUCUUGUCGGCCCUGUUUGACUUCAUCCUUGUGGAAGCUGUGCAGCGCUCAUUUGCAGUCCCUGUGGCCAGUAACUUGCCUUCUGGAUUCUUGGCGCCCGUGUUUGCUCUCUUUGUACCAUUUUACUGCUCCAUCCCACGAGUCCAAGUGGCACAGAUUCUGGGCCCGCUGUCCAUCACAAACAAGACGUUGAUUUAUAUAUUGGGACUACAGCUUUUCACCUCUGGUUCCUACAUCUGGAUUGUAGCCAUAAGUGGACUUAUUUCCGGCGUGUGCUAUGACCGCAAAGUGUUCCGGGUUCACCAGGCGCUUCGUGUCCCUGGCAGGGUGGCCCGGUUCUUCUCCUGGACCCUUGAGCCUAUCUUCUCAUCUUCAGAGCCCACCAGCGAGGCCAGAGUUGGCAUGGGGGCCACAGUGGACAUCCAGAGGCAGCAGAGGACGGAGCAGCUGGACCGGCAGCUGAUGCUCUCUCAGUUCGCCCAAGUGAGGCGGCAGAGGCAGCAGCAGGGAGGAAUGAUCAACUGGAAUAGGCUCUUCCCGCCUUUACGCCAGCGACGAAAUGUCAACUAUCAAGACGGUGGUCGGUCUGAGGAGCGAGCGUCGCCUCCCCUGGAAGUUUCUGAGGAGCAGGUUGCCCGGCUCAUGGAGAUGGGAUUUUCCAGAGGGGAUGCCUUGGAGGCUCUGAGGGCCUCAAACAACGACCUCAACAUGGCCACCAACUUCCUGCUGCAGCACUGACAUCCAGCCCAGCUGUUGAAUGACAGUGGUGCGUCCCUGCCACCACGUCAGCCUGAGGAACAAGCAGACUCCAGCACGGAUGGUCUCAGGAGGGAAGAAAGGUGGUCCCCACCACGGGCCGUCCUCAGCUCCGAGAUGGCCACCAUUGUAGUGUCAGAUAAGUUUGCCAUUAAAUUAGCAUGUAUUUUCUACCUUUA